AUGAACAUUCCUAAAAAGAUCAGUAUAAUUGUAAAGCGUGGAGAAAAUUUGGAAUACACUUCUUCGCUCAAAAAAGCCUCUAAAAAUCGUCGAUGGCGUGUUAUCUUCCUGGGUGGAGAAGAUAAGUUGGCCUCAGAAUUUGUUGAUGCAGAGAAUGGAUGUCCAACAUGGGAUUGUGAAGUAACCCUAGAUUUAGUUAGCCCAUCAGAUCCUGUUCUUUACCCAACACGAAAAAAUUCUCAUCCACAUGGACGUUUAGUUUAUUGGAUUUGGGCUAUUGACUAUUGGCCACCAGGAACACAAACCAAUGCUAUACAACAUUCUAAAUCAUUUCGUGGUUCACUUUCUCAUCUUGGCUCAAAAAUGCGUUCAAAAUCUAAGCAUAGAUCGAAAAGUGGUUAUGGUAAUGGAUAUGCAGGAAGUGAAUUAGGUGGUUCAACACUUCAAGUGCCUGGUAUGUCUUAUAAUCCAUUUGAAAAUGAUGGCAGUACAAGUGAAUUCGGUGGUGGACCUAUCGGUCUACCACCAAUGUAUCAAUCGUCGAAUGUUAACAGUCCGUAUGCUCAGUCUGAAUUCGGUGGAUCAAUUGCUGGCAGUACAAAAUCAAAUAAGCAUAGAAAUAUAAUAAAACGAUUCAAGAAUCCAUACUUUCAAAAUCUUGAUAAAGGUUCAAAAUCGAACCUAAGAGGAAGUCAAUUGUCUAUUGGUGGGACAUCUUAUCGAGAUACUCUCUAUACACGUCCUAAUAAUAUUGUGAAAACUCCAUCAGAUAUGCCGACUAUGUCAUUAUCGAAAUGUACAAAAUGGCCGUCCACCAAUAAAACGUUAUGUGCAACUUCUCAACUGGAUCUGUCUACGCAACUAAUGAAUGAACGACCACCUCUCGGUAUGUAUAAUCGCGAUGAUUCUGGUAAAUCGAAAGCUUCCGUUAAUUCAGUUUUGGAUGAUCAAGGUGUUGCUACACCUAUACAACAGCGAACAGAUGGAGUUGGUGAGGUUUCAACAGGUGCUUUCGAAUCACCUGGUAGUUUUCAUGUAUCAACAUGGAAUGCUCAACCUAACGAUCGACCGAUUAAACCAAUUGAAGAUAUGACAAAACGUGAAAUUGCUGAAUAUGUAAAUCAUUUAUUAAAGACUUUGCACUCUGCUCGAACAGAAAUCACACGUUUACAAAUGGAAAAUGAUCGUUUAACCGGUCAUUCACAUGAAACAGAAACUGAACUAAAUGAUGUUCGUUUGACUUUAGCAACAUUACGUAAUCGUUUAUUAGCUGAUAAUCUUACUGAUUACCUGGAAUUACCGCGUGAAAGUAAUGGCUAUAUGGGUGUUGGUGCUGGUGGCGGUGGUGGUGGUGGUGGCAGUAGCAGUGGAGUUAGCGGUUUCAUGAACAACUUCCCUGCAUACGAUAAUAGUUCACAACAAGAUAAUACUGUUGAACCUCAAUCAUUUCUGUCUAAAAUAUCAUCAUUAGGAAUUAAUGCACGUAUAUCGGGUAUUCUUCCACCUUCGAAUAGUCUACAGGCAAAUGGGAACGGUCCUGGUGUUGGUAACAGUGGUGGUGGUUGGUGGUAAACAAAUCGAGAUUAUGAUGAUGAAACGAUUACGUAUGAUUUCACCAAUGACUUUCCGCAUAAAAACCCAUAAUAAUAUUCUUUGUGUGCCUUUCAUGUUUGUGAUGUGUUGGCUUCGUUUAUCUGGCAUGUAGGUGCGCGUAUGCCUACCUAUUCAAGAAGCCAAUAUCCAAUAAUGUCUUUCAGUAUCUCUUCUCUUCUCUUUUUUUUUCCAAUCUGUUUCCUAUCUAUUUACUAGUUCUUUUUUCUUUUU